CGAGCAUAGCCUUAGAAGCUUUCCGUGGUUUUCACAAUGCGCCAAUUACAACCAGGCUCUAUUCGUCUCAGUAGUAAGUAUACGGUAAGCUCUUCGAAUCACCAAGUAUUCUGCUCUUAAAGUGAUUUAUCAAUCACUUUUUUGAGGGCAGCUAUCGAGCAUUGACAGAUAGUCUUUUACAUCGAUGUGAGACCUUCUUCGCGUUGCCGGGACGUCCCUGUCUCAGUCGCAUUGGCUCGAGCCUCAGCUGCAACUUCGGGUUUUAUUAGCAUUCUCCAUUGCAAGGCCGCGUCUUGAUAUCAACAUUCCACCAAAACCGUGAUAAUGUCAAUAUCAACAAACUAUUUAAAAUACCAGCUGGGGACCAUGUAGGAUUUCUUCUACCAGGCCAGGUCUUCCCUCAACUUUCUUUCGCUACUACUAGCCCAGUCGCUCAUUUACCAUAUGCUUCACUUCUAGUCACUCCUUAAAUUUAUUUCAUCUUUUUUUAGAACCCUUAUUCCGUUGGCACAAUGGCUACGGGAUAUUCACUUACAACCCAUUAUGGUGGCCAGGGGCUACUUGAUAGCUUCAGUUUCUUCACGGGGAUUGAUCCCAGUCACGGCUUUGUUGAUUAUCAAAGUAAAGAAGAUGCUUUAGCAAAGAACUUAGUAUCCGUCGAUCGUGAUUACAAUAGCGUUAUACUCGGUGUCGAUUCGAACAAUACUUAUUCAACAAGCGAUAAGGGGCGGCCAAGUGUGCGACUCACUAGCCAUGAUACUUUUAGCCAUGGUCUUUUCAUUGCGGAUUUCCACCAUAUGCCUGCGUCAACAUGUGGCACAUGGCCUGCUUUUUGGGCUUUUAACAAUCAGCACAACGGAACAGAUUGGCCCUUAGGAGGCGAGCUUGAAAUUAUCGAAGGCGCCAAUACUGCUGAGAGGAAUUUAUUCUCGGCUCAUACAACCGCAGGAUGUCAUGCUCCGAGUACCGGGUUUUCAGGAGAACAAGGUCCAACUGACUGCUCACCAAGUGACGAAAAUUUCGGCUGUAAUUACGCUUCUCCUCCAUCCGAUACAACUUCGUACGGUGAUUCGUUCAAUGUGGAAGGAGGCGGCGUAUAUGCUCUAGAGUGGGAUUCAGAAGACCUGAAAUUAUGGCACUUCCCACGCUCUACCAUCCCCGACGAUAUCGUCUACGGUCACGUCGUGGGACCCGACCCUUCGUCUUGGGGGCCGCCACAUGCGGUCUUCGGCGGCUCUUCUUGCAAACCUGAGAACUACUUUUUCAACAUGAGCCUUGUGAUUAACACCAACUUCUGUGGCGACUACGCGGGCAAUAUCUGGGGCAAAGCUGAUCAAUGCAACCAACUUGCGCCUACGUGCGAGGAAUUCGUUGCCAAUAACCCGCAUAGCUUCCAAGAAGCAUACUGGGACAUAAACUACAUCGACGUCUACCAAUAUGGGCCGUUAACGAACAUGACGAUCCCGCCCCUUUCCCCGAGCGCCGCAUCCUCGGUAACCCCAUCGACCUCCAGCGCGACACCUGCCCCGAGAACACCUGCCCCGAGUGGAGUGACCCCAACUUUUACUCGAACCAUCACUUUAUCCACAGUACUUCCAGUCGAGACCGAUGGUAGCACGGUAGAUCCAAGUAUCAUUAACGGCUACACGCUCCUGGGUUGCUUCGAAUCUGGCGCCAGUCACGAUUCCUUCUCGCAGGUGUCCUCACACCCGGGAAUGGAUAAUGGAGCUUGCGUAGCUGCCUGUGCCGGACGAAAGUAUGCUGGUAUACACAGCGAUAUAUGCUACUGUGCCGAUACUCUCGGUCCCUCCGUCGCGGUUGAUAGCGCCAUGUGCGAUACCCAAUGCAAAGGGAAUGGACGUGAGAUCUGCGGCGGUUCCGUUGCCUCCCCUGAGCAAUCCGGAUCUGCUAAUUAUAAGAUCAACUCCGCCCACAAAACCAAUUCAUCCGCCCCUGCUUCUCCAAACCAUCGUCGUGACACACCAGCCGGUAUGCUUCUCACGGUCUACGCCAACCUCGGGAGCGAGCCCGCUCCUUCCGGCGCUCCAGCUAUGGGCGGUAGGCCAAUGGACCUUCACCCUUCCACGCCAGUGCACAAUGUAGCAGUCACCACCGCCCUCACCGUGACCUACACAACCGUGUGCCCGACAAACCCGGCCUCACUAAUCGAAGUCGAAUACUCCACAAUAGUCACUUACGAAGACUGCGGUUGUACCGCGUCCAAGCAUAAGACAGGUCAUCCCUCCAUUAACCCCAUGAACGUCACGGCAACGAUCCCUACUACUCCUAUAACAACGGUGCCCAUGACAACGCAUGUAGAAUCAUGCCGGGCGUGCGGCCCCCACGGCGAAAGCAUCAUCACCCUCACCGUACCUGAGGCCAUGGUCACUGAAGUCGUCACCUCGAUCACGGUGCAUACUGUCGUUCCCGUUAUCAGCAAUAUCAGAAAUGCCACCCACACCGCGCCGAUUCCCGGCACAGCAGUGCCGCUCGCUCCCAACUUCAAACCUAGCGCCAGUCCUAGCAAUACCAUGCCAGUAGUUGCUGCCGCUCCUCCUAGUAGGUCUGUUAGUAUGCUAGAGAUGGUUGGCUGGGGCGUUGCUUUGUGGUUUGGGAUAUUCGGGUUCAUGCUCGUCCUAUGAUAGGGUUUUUUCUAGGUGCCCUUACCUAUCUCGCUCUCUUCUCUUUCUUUUGUUGUGUUUCUUGGGCGGCUCAGUGCUAUUAUGAAUUUGAAUUUUUAUCGUUUUGUUCUUGUGUAUUACACAAAUGGUAUGGGGGCUUAGGGAGCAAACGGUGUUCUAGGCGGGUUGCAGCAUACGCAUUAGCGACUGGGUAGGGGCAUUCUUACGAUGAUUAUGAAAUCUUAUAGCAUACGUUCGCAUUCAAUGACAAUUAUUC